GCAUAGAUACACAGAGAGACAUCAUUCACUGCAGCAGGUGAUUCUAAAGGCUCAAAGAGGGAAAUAUAUUUUAGAGGGAAACAACAUUUUCAUACUAAAGGAGCCAAAAGAAAAGAAAUCAUCAAAAUGGUUAAGCUCUGUGGACUUCAUCUACUCUAUCUCCUGGUAUUUCACCUGGCUGCGUGCCAUGGUAUGAAUGGAUUGGGUGUCAGUGGACCUCUGCAAGACAUGACUUUCUCUGUAUCAGAAGGUACAACAGGAGUUCAUGUAAUAUACCAGUUUACAAUUGAGCCGCCUGCUGUCAGUUUGAGACUGUCUGGUGAAAAAGAUGACGUCAUUGAGAUUGCGUCAACUGAUGGCUAUCUGUAUCUCAACGGGUCUCUAGACAGGGAAAACAAAGCAAUCCACAGGCUACAGGUGGAGGCUCUGAAUGUAAUGGGAGAGAAAGUGAAAGGUCCCUACUCUAUUACUAUCAAUGUUCAAGAUAUUAAUGACAACCCACCAAAGUUUGAGAAGUCAAAAUACUAUGGAGCAGUAUGGCAGAAUUCCCAUCCAGGUAAACCCUUUCUGCGUGUCCAUGCCACUGACCGUGAUGAUCCUACAACUCCCAAUGCGAAGCUGAGUUACAACAUUCUCCACCAUUUUCCCAACCCUUUUAAGUCGAUGCUUUUUCAGAUUGAUAACGUAACUGGAGCAAUCUCAACAAGUGAGCUUGGUUCUCGUUUAUUAAAUCCCCAAAAGCAGGCUACGUUCAUCCUCGUUGUCACAGUGAAGGAUUUGGCAGGAAUGUCAGAGAACGCUUUAACCAGUAACAUUGAUGUGGAAAUAACUGUGAAGGAGAACAUUUGGAAGGCACCUCCGAAAGUAUCUAUCAAAGAAAACUCUACUGAGCCUCAUCCCAUCUCUAUCACGCAGGUGCAGUGGAAUGAGCCAGAUGCAAAAUAUGACCUUCUGCAAAGGGAGUGGCUGCCCAGGUUCCCAUUUACAAUUGAUCAGAAUGGGACGAUUUAUGUGACUGAACCCUUGGAUAGGGAAGAAAAGGAAUUGUAUUCAUUCUUUGCAACUGCAAAAGAUAAUGAAGGAGAGGAACUGGGCCGGCCUUUGUUAAUCUUGGUUCAGGUUGAAGACAUUAAUGAUAAUCCUCCUGUGUGCCAGAAUGCUUUGACUAUAUUUGAAGUUCAGGAGAAUGAAGGAUUAGGGAGCAAUAUUGGAACGCUGCAUGCUACAGAUAUGGAUAAAAAAAACACUCUUAAUUCUCGCCUGCAGUUCCGUAUUGUGGACCAGAACCCCAAAAUCCCGUUAGAUAGCCUCUUUAUUAUCCAGCAAGAAGCUGGGACUUUCCAAUUAUCUAGCUCUUCAUUAAACAAACAAGUAGCUUCAACUUAUUCUGUAACGGUGGAGGUGACAGAUAAAGUGUUCACCACAUUGUGUGAUGUGAAAAUAAAUGUCAUUGACAUCAAUGAUCAGAUUCCCAUCUUUGAAAAAUCAGACUAUGGUAAUUGUACUAUUCUUGAAGACACUCCAGAAGGAGAAGUAAUAUUAGAAAUUCAAGCUACAGAUGCUGAUGAACCAUUCACUGGGAGCUCUCAAAUCAUUUACCAAAUUGAAGAGGGAGAUCAAAAUAAAAACUUCAUUAUAGAGACAGACCCCCAAACAAAUAGGGGUUUUGUAAAGAUUAGCAAGGCUCUUGAUUUUGAAAUGUCUUCAACAUACAACCUGACAGUCAAGGCCAUAAAUCCAGAACCUUUGGUGAAAGGAGUACAGUAUAAUUCAAGCUCCACAGCCUAUUUCAGAGUUGUUGUGGUGGAUGCAAAUGAAGGGCCAGUUUUCUCCAAGAACACUUAUAUAGCAGAUAUAUUUGAAGAUGUUCCUGUAGGUACUUUGGUGAUGACAGUGACAGCCAAUGAUCCUGAGGGGGACCAGAUAAGAUACACAUUGAAAAACAACAAGAGAAACUGGCUGGAGAUUGAUACAGUUUCUGGAAAGAUAUAUACUGCUGCUCCUUUGGAUCGAGAAGUAGAACAUGACUACAGAGUACAAGUCACUGCAACAGAAGAAAAUAAAAAAUCUCAGAGCUCCACAGCAAUCUUCAUGAUACACAUAAAAGAUGUGAAUGAUAAUCCUCCCCGGUUAGCAAAAGGUAAUCAUCUAUUCUUCUGCCAUCCGCUCCGUGGAGGAGUAAAAGCAGAGAUCCAGGCCACCGAUGAUGAUGAACAAUUGUAUCCUCCAGAAUUCACUUUUUCUCUCGGUGGCAGUGAAAAUAUAAAGAGUGACUGGGAAAUUUCUAGAACAGAUGGCACCCAUGCUUACCUUUCCCCAAAGCACACUAAUCUAGAGGAGAAACAGUAUAGCAUUCCGUUAAUAAUUAAUGACAACGGAAAACCACCUUUGGAAGGAGCCCUGAAUCUUCAAGUAAACGUUUGCAGGUGUUCCGAUGAGGGGAGAUGCUUUAUAGAAGUAGAAAACCAUUCUGGGAUGCCAAGCACAGGCAUGGCAGUUGGUCUUCUUCUUGGAGUAUUGUUAUUCAUCGGUUUGGUUGUAGGAGGUGUAUUUCUCAGAAUGAAAAACAAGACAAGGAAAGAACUUAAGAAAAAUGCACCUAAGCCAUCUGAACUGAAAACAUUAACAUAAUCAUUGUUUAUUUUAUUAGGGGAACAAAUGACUUUUGUAAGUCAGAUCUCCCAUAAAUGUAUUUUCAGAAACUCUUGACACAAACACGUACAUGCAGGUUCCCCCUGCUGCCCAUUUUUAUUAGAUAUUAAGAUUCAGUUAUAAAAUCUAUAUACAAGGUACAGUGGCAGCCAUUAAUAAAAAUAUCAGCUCUUGCCAGGAGUUAACUUGUGAUGAUACCACAAAACCAUGAUCCCAGAAAGACUUAUAGUCCUGUAAUGUAGAAACUAUUAGUAAAUACUGACAGCUUUUUAUUCUUAGAGAAAGUUUUCAUUUUCCUACAAUUCUCCUUAUAACAAGUUAACAAUCAAUGUGCACAGAUUGUGUAAGUAAAUGAAGCCCUGCACUAAAUUUAGGGCUCUCCCACAAAAUGGGAGGGAUUCCUUGACCAUAAAUGUAACUGCUCCCCAAAGCUAGCUAUGCCUGGAAAUAUUCGGACUUGGACCACACCUGCUUAUAUUAUUACAUUAUUCUUAUAAAUUUAGGACAGUAAGAAUUACUGUGACUCACCAAUAUAUUAAGCAAUGUAGGUUAGUGAAAUAGUAGUUAUUUUAAUUUUCCCUUUAUUGCAUGUAUUCAUGGGGAUAGUUUAUGAUUGUGUAAGCACAUUGGCCUCCUUUAAUGUUCCAAGAUGAACAAAACAAGAAAGAUUUUUUUUUAAGACUGUACAAAUUGGUUGAUGUGCUACUGUAUUAUAAUAUUGCAAAUAACUUCUGGCUCUGUACACAUUAGAUUGUAAUUAUAUGUUCUCCCAAGGGAUUUAUUGCCUGUCCAUGAAACAAGGAUAUAAAAUCAGUGCUGUUCGUGGAGUUUAACACAAAACUUUCCAUAAUAGAGACCUGAACUGGAAACUUGCCAGGAGCCAGUGGGCUGUGCCUAAUUCAUGCCUGUUUAUAUCAUGAUGGGGCAAUUGGGACUUAGAAUAUCUGUGUAGUGCACCUAUGCAUUGAAGAUGUCGACGCCUGUAAGCUAUAUCUUAGGUUUCAAUGGACUGCAUUUGCCCAUAGGUCUCACUUUGGGAACAAAAUACCGUUAAUUUAAAAAACAGGCUUAUAUUGAUGAAUUAUUUGGUGGUACACUGAUGAAGGAUUGUUUGUUUGUUUUUUUAAGCAGGGAAUAAAAACUUAUGAAGUGUGCAUUUAUGUCCCAAAUUUGAAAGGCUAUGUUCUUUUGAAAGCGAUAGAAAAAAAGCCCCUCUGAAAGGGAGAUGAGGGGUGUGGGAGGGUGGAUGUUUACAUAGCAAUUUUUUGGUCACUUUUGUGUAAAGUACAGAUCUGGAAGGAAAGGAACAUUACUCUGAUAGCAUUGCAUUAAAAUAUGUUUUCCUAGAGUACUGCCAAUAAAAGCUUUGCUUUUGGCCUUCAGCUAUGUCUCACCACAUCACAUUGUCCAGCUGCUGAAGGUUGGCGAGCUUUGGUUGUUUGCUGUGUGGGUUAUUUCAUCUGCUGAAGCGUAUUUUAUGGUGGGACGAUCAGUCCAUUGUGUUUGACAGCUGUGACACUAAAUUACAUCAGAGGGUGCAGUGUUAGAGAUGAGUGUAUUUAUAUU